GCUGCUUGAGGUCUUGAGCCACUCAUUCGACUUAGCAGGGUUUUGUUCCUUCAAAGAACUGACAGCAGUUGGAAGAAAAGUAGUUCGCGAUGUAUUAUGACAUCUUAUUUUCAGCCAUUGUUGUUAUGGAUUGGGGCAAUGCUCAUAUUCAGGGCAUUAGAUCCAGUAGUCCUACCAUCUAAGUCCUGCCAGGUUGUGAAGCAGCGGCUUCUGAAUUUUGUGAGAUCUUUGUCAACGGUGAUUUCGUUUGCUUAUUGUUUAUCAAGUUUAAUUCAACAAGCACAAAAAUUCUUUGUGGAGGCAAAUGACUCCAGUAGUUCAAGAAAUGUGGCCUUUGAUUUUGCUGGGAAGGGAGUAUAUGCUGGUGUUUGGAUUGCUGCCGUAUCAUUGUUUAUGGAGAUGUUAGGUUUCUCCACACACAGGUGGUUAACUGCUGGUGGUUUGGGCACUGUAUUGCUCACUCUGGCAGGUCGUGAGAUAUUUACAAACUUUCUGUCAAGCAUGAUGAUCCAUGCCACUCGGCCAUUUAUUGAGAACGAGUGGAUUCAAACGAAAAUUGAUGGAUACGAGGUUUCUGGCACAGUAGAGCAUGUAGGAUGGUGGUCACCGACCAUUGUUAGGGGCGAUGACCGUGAGGCAGUUCAUAUUCCUAACCAAAAGUUUACUGUAAAUAUUGUGAGAAAUCUGACCCAGAAAUCUCAUUGGCGUAUCAAGAGUUACAUUGCUAUCAGUCACUUGGAUGUUAACAAAAUUAAUAAUAUUGUAUCUGAUAUGCGCAAGGUUUUGUCAAAGAAUCCUCAAGUAGAGCAGCAAAAAUUGCACAGAAGGGUCUUUUUGGAGAAUGUUAAUCCUGAAAAUCAGGCUCUUAUGAUAUUGAUAUCUUGCUUUGUGAAAACUUCUCAUUUUGAAGAGUACCUCUGUGUUAAGGAGGCAAUCCUUUUGGAUCUUCUCAGAGUCGUCGGUUAUCAUCGCGCCAGGCUAGCCACUCCCAUCCGCACAGUUCAGAAAAUAUACAGUGAGGCUGACUCGGACAAUAUACCUUUUGGGGACUCAGUUUUCACUAGAUCUAGAGCUGCAAAUCGCCCAUACCUACUGAUAGAACCAGCAUAUAAAGUUCAUGGUGAAGAUAAAGUUAAACCCUCAACCGGUGCAGCUCUCACAAAUGAGGAAAAGGAUUCCAAGAUUGAUGAAAGCAUGGCAUCUGACACCAAAGGAGAUGAGAAUUUUGGAGCAACAUCUACCUCGUCAGCUGAUGUAAACAACUCCAGGGAUAAAUCCCAGUCAUUUUCUGAAUCACAGACUAAAAGCGAAAAUUCAGUAGAUGAACGAAAGGGAAGUACAGUUCCUGUAUCUAGAAACCAGGCUCAAAGUACUGAGCUUGAAUCCUCUCCUGUUGCUAAUGAGACCAUUGCUGCUACUUCACAGUCAAAGCAAGAUGAAGAGAAAUCUUCCGUCUCUUCGUCAUCGGUUAGACCUUCCCUGGAAGAGAACAUUUUUCUUGGGGUUGUCUUAGAAGGUUCAAAACGAACACUUCCAAUUGAAGAAGAAAUGACUCCAUCUCCCAUGCCCACGGAUUCACAAGAACUUGCUGUCCAACGGAACGGUGGUGGAACUCCUGCUAGCAAGGAUAAGAAGGAUGGUCAGUCUUCAUUUCCAAUUGAUAAACAGAAUGACUAGAGUAGUGGCUGAAUUAGGCCGGAUUAGAAAUUGAUAUUUCAGUAUAUACCUCCGAUAGAAGUUAAAAAUGAUCCAGCUGUCUUUUUAUAAGUUGGAAUUGUGCAUUGUAUUCUCCCUAAUUACCCGUGUAUGUACAUAAUUGUCAAUUCAUGGUUCACAUAACUUUCAGAAUCUAUGAACAGUUCUGAUUGUGGCUUGUUCCCCACUCCGAUUAUAGGCCAUAAAAGGUAAAAUGUAUCACUGGCAUUUGAUUUA